AUAUAAGAGGAAAGAUAGGAGCAGAGGCGGAAGUAAAGAGGCUGGUUUCAGAGCACAGGUCCUCAUGUUCUUUAGUAAUGAAGUUUGGUGAAACACACUUUGCUGCACUUCUGCACAACAGGAUUACUGAACGUGUGAGAUUAACUCUGGCGACGUGAUCUGACACUCAUCUACCUCACCAGCUGCUGUUGGGCUUUUGGGAAUCAGCUUCCAGCUCGCUCCUCUGACACCAUCCUUCCAUCAUGAGCGAUGAAAUGAACAGGAGCAGGGCUGAGGGAACCAGACCAGCCCCCAACGUCAAACCCAAACCCAACCAGAACGAGACAAACAGCAAGGAUGAGCACAGAAAGAAGGAGAAGCCCGCAAAGGUGAGGAGAUCGAGGAGCACCGACUCUGAGAGGCCAGAGAGAGGGAGGAGGAGAGAGCGGGACAGGCGGCAGGGGGAGAGGAGCCACCGGGGGAGGAGUGAGGAGACCCGGAGACGGGACAGAAAAGAAGGUGAAAGCGACUGGAAGAAGAAGCCUGCGGUGGAUGAUGUGGAGGACACUGAGUGCGCCGUGUGCUUCUGCUCCUAUGACAACGUCUUCAAGACCCCGAAGCUGCUGGCGUGCGGGCACACCUUCUGCCUGGAGUGUCUGGCUCGCAUCAACGUCACCUCCCCUGAGAUGAAGACGCUGUCCUGCCCCGUGUGCCGCGAGCUGACGGGGUUGCCCCACGGCCGAGACCUGCCCCGCCUGGACAACAACCUGGACAUCAUCAGCAAGCUCCCGGCGGACAUGCAGCGGGCCCUGUCCGUCCGCUUCAAGCGCAGCAAGGGCAAGCUGGUGCUGAAGAACCCCCCUCCCAACAGCCCCACCAAGCCCAACAUCCUCUCCUUGCCCAAGAAGAGCCAGGAUGCUCACGCGCCAGGAGAGGUGGGAGUCAGCCUGGGCAUGAUGGAGCAGGGGCUCGCCUCGGCCACGGUGGUGGACGUGGGCCAACCUCCAAACAGAGUAGGAGGUCGCCUGCGCAGAUUAUUCCGCUCGGACCGGUGCUACUACGCCGUGGUGGCGUCCAUCAUCACCAUCACCGUACUGCUUAUGCUGGUGGGGAUUCUGGCCUUUGUGAUCGUACCUAACGUGACCCUUCACAACGGUCCUUUCAGCCCACCCAACCACGCAGAACACGACGAAUCCAGCUCAGAGACACACCCCUGAAGCGGCCUGCAGACCAAAUGAAGGGAGAGUGGUGACUCAAAGCCACUGUGACGGGUUUGCCGCUGUAUUUACUCUCAUGUGUUAUGGUGGAGGAAGAACACUGAAGCUGUGAGUGAUGAAAUGAAGGAAAACAGGGUCUGCAGCAUUUUAAACACAAGACUGUGAGGGAAUGAAGGAGUACUGUGAACAAAUAUUAACAAGCCUAACUGGUGAUUAAAGUUAUCUGGAUUUCUUCAGAUUGAUCUCAUCCUCCAAUUCAGGGUUUUAGUUCUUUUUCAUUGUUUAUACUCCAAACCCCUUGUACAAAUAGAAGUUUAUAUUUGUAAAUAUAUAAUUGAUUUAUUUCUGAUAUUCAUUAAAUAAAGCCAUUUUUGUCA